AAUUAAUGUUGAAAAAGUUCAAAGUAGCUUGUAUAUAAAAUGCUAUCACAGCAACUAAAACCUAAACAUUAGCAUUAAUUUAAGAUCAGAUAAAGGAAGCUGCAAAAUAAGGAAGUAAAGUUUGCAUUCUUGGAGAGUGUUUUAAUAGCUAUUAUGUUAAAGCUUAGUUAUAAAGCAAUGCUGAAGAUUUCUAAAAAAUUGGAGAAAGGGAAACAAUUGAUUUAAUGAGUGAAAUUUCAAAAACACUUGGAAUAAUGAUAAUCGGUUCUAUACCUGAAAAAAGUGGAGACAAAAUGUAUAACACAGCAAUUUGUUUGAACAAUGGACAACUCUUAGCAACUUAUAGAAAAACUCAUUUAUUCGAUAUAGAUAUUCCAGGCAAAAUAACAUAUAAGGAAUCACUAACAUUUUCAGCUGGUAAUAAUUAUACAAUAGUUGAAACUGAAUAUGGUAAAUUUGGAAUAGGAAUAUGCUAUGAUAUUCGUUUUCCAGAGUUAGCUUAAGUAAUGAGAGAGAAAGGGUGUCAUUUUUUAAUAUAUCCUGGAUCUUUCAAUCUUACAACUGGUCCAUUGCAUUGGGAAUUGUUAUUAAAAGCUAGAGCAGUUGAUUAUUAAUGCUAUGUAGCUGGAGUAUCAUCAGCUAGAUACUUAGGAGAUGAUGAAUCUGUUUACAAAGCAUGGGGUCAUUCAACAUUGUUAGAUCCUAUGGCUAAAAUAUUAGCUACAUGUGAACAUGAUCCAGCAGUCAUUAUAAGUGAAAUUGAUUUAGAUUAUUUGGAAUAAGUAAGAUAAUAGAUUCCUGUAUCUUAAUAAAGAAGAAAUGACAUAUACGAAUUAAUUUGCAAAAAAUGAUUAAUUAUUAUU